GAAGCACCCUAUGUCUGCAAAUCACCUUAUCUAUUUUUCUUUGCAGUGAAAAACACUAGAAUCGUAAGAUCACCACCACCACAGACACGAGAGGAGCUUCUACAGUAUGCAUCAAAACUCACUUUUAAUACCAACUCAGCACAUGAAAGUCUCAUCUUGAGGAAUGAGAACAAGGAGGUGAAGGCCUCGCACCUGCUUCAGGACUAUCCUGAAAACACUCAGAGAUUUAACUGCAGGGUACAGAUCCUGUGCAACGAAGGUCUGAGAGGCUCCCCUAAAUAUUGGGAAGUAGAGAUUGGCGGGGGCACUUGGGUCUGCAUUGCUGUGUCCUACCAAGGGAUCCGUAGAAAAGGCAAGCAGCGUACACUCUUUGGGAGAAAUGCCCAGUCAUGGGGAUUACGCUGUAAACGUGUCCAUAUAGAAUUUUGGCAUGACAAUAAGACAACAUUUUCGACGUUUCAAUCACAUGGCUCAAAAAUAGGAGUGUAUUUGGACUACAGGGCUGGAAUCUUGGCAUUUUACAACGUGUCUGACAACAUGAGUCUCAUUUAUAAGCACCAAACUGUUUUUAAAGAGCCUGUUUAUCCUGGGUUCGGACUUGCUGGGAAUGGUUCCUACGUGAGACUUUGCGAUCCAGUGAAAAAUGAGACCAAAACAUCCCUUUCUUCUCCAUUUAAGUUUGGUAGUUUGUAAGUUGUAGUGUUUACACAUGCAGCUGACAUGAAGUUCACUGACUGAAUUCUCAAACUAGUAUGCAAUCAUUCAUUAGGAUUUGGAGGAAAGAUGUGGGUUUUGCAUGUAGACACUUGGUGGCAGCACUGGAUAAGUUUUAAAUUCAGCCUUUUUAUAGCAGCAUCUGUAAUUAUGAACAGCUCAAAUUUAGCCAAGAGUAACCAAAGAGAAAAAAAUCCAUGUUUUGUAUUUUAUAAAUCUUUGCAUGUUUAUUAAAUGAUUGAUUUUAUAUACUGCUUUAUAAACGAUAGCAAUAUGCACAAUCUCUAUUUUUAACAUCUUCUGAAUAUUUAUGAAAUUAUCUCCUUAUACUAAUGUUGCAAGUGCAUAUCCAUUUCACAUCUGCUGAUCUGUCGUCUAUCUAAUCCUUCCUCCACAUCCACAAACUAUGUCUGUUCCUGUUCCCACUAUCUGUCUAUAUUUUAUUUUUCCGUUAUGCAUUAGUCCA